AUGGCGCCGAACGUCGUCGCGGCGGGGUUGGCUGCGGAUAAUUUGAUGAACGCGCUGUACUUUGCCGGUUUGUUCGCCCUGGCUCGAGGGGUGAUGCCGCGCGAGGAAGACAAUAGAAGAAAAAGCACGAGUGUGAGUGAAGAGGUCGACGCAACGCCGGUCGAGGGCGAGGGCGCUGGUGAGCCAUUUAGCGUGCUCAACGCCUCGUACGCUCUCGCUGUCGCCGCGAGCGUUGGAUACGUCACAAAGCUCAUAUGUGCCGCGCUGAACGUGCGCGGGAUGGACAUACCGAUCAUCACUCUGAUUACUGUCAUUCUGGCGACGGCGCUACCCAAGCGUCUCGGUCGCUUGGCGGGAUCUGGUGAGGCGCUGGCGACGCUCGUCAUGCAAGCCUUCUUCGUCGCCGUCGGCGCCUCCGGAUCCAUCGCACACAUGAUCGGCACCGCGCCUUCGCUCUUCUUCUUCUCCUGCCUCCAAGUCGCCAUUCAUGUCGGCUUUCUCCUAGCUUGCGCCAGAACGUUCGGGUUCGACCGAGCGCGCGCGCUCCUGGCCUCCAACGCCUGCGUCGGCGGUCCCACCACCGCCGCCGCCAUGGCCUCCGCCAAGAACUGGCGCUCCCUCAUCGUCCCCGCCAUGCUCGUCGGUGUUUUGGGUUACACCAUCGCCACUUUCAUCGCCAUAGCCUUCGGCAGAGCCGUGCUGAUCAAAAUGUAA